AUGUCUUCCAGCAUUGACAAUGGCUUUGGCCCAGGCAGGUGGGGCGAUGAUGACUGGAAUACUGUUGUGGAUCUGGGCAUUGCAACUGGUCAAGAUAGGAGCCUUAUCGCUGUUAAGGCAGCCUUUGCAUUUCUUCUGCUUGUGGGAAUGCUUGUUCUCUCAAGCUUUAUUUUUGUCUUGAAAAGGUCAAGAAGCGAUGCCCUCAAGCCUAUGCCGCUGAUCGCUACUUUGGCAGCCAUGUUUUCAAUGGUGGUGACCAAGAAGUGGUAUAUGAUCACUUCACUACUUUCCGCGCUUUUCGAGCCAACUUCAUACUGUGUAAUGUUUUAUGUCUUCUAUACGAUUAUCCACGUAUUUCAAGAGCGUAUCAUGAAUAUGAGCACCAGGAGCUCUUCAACCAUCAAAUAUGUGCACUGGACGAUUGUGGGUCUCUUCGCAGCACUCGUCAUUAUUGGCUGGAGCUGGAUGGUACUCUAUAUCAACUCCACCGUUCAUGAUGAGUUAAUCCUCAUCGAACAGUCCAAUGUUUGGUGGAAGAUUGACAGCGCCCGAUGCAUUCUCUUUUGGUUGAGCGCCUUGGAGAUUGUCGCCUGGGCUUUCUACCUGGGCCUCAUGACAUCGCGGGGUUCAUCUAAGGUCAAUAUAAAGAUGUCAGUAUAUUUCUUCAUCGCAGCUUGCGGCUUUUUCCUUGGCGUGAACUUUUUGUUUUUCGUAUGGGAUGUGAUAUAUUAUAUCAGGGCUGGCGGUCAGACCGCCCAGUCCGAGACUGAACAAAAGGUGAGCAUAGCCACAGCUGCUAUCCAGGAGAUCCUCGAAUUUGUCUUUGUCCAAGGGUCAUUUUUCGGGCUUAUUUUAUGUUAUUGGCGAUUUCCGGAACGGGAGGCUCGCUUUGAAGAGGUUUCCGGUGGAGAGACUGAAGAGGCCAAAUAUGGCUCUGAUGUCCUUGACCGUACUGGCCUGGCCCCACGGGAGGUCGAAGGAAGCACCCCUCUGAAUGGAAUCACUGAAAACAAAGCGGGUACUUUUGAGGCGGAUACCUCACGCGCUAUUUUGGAGGCGGAUAAUUACGAUUUCCUUCCAGAUAAGAAAGCUGGAAUUUCUGAGGUAGAUGGCUCAAACGGAAUUCUGGAGGCCGAUUCGAAACUUUUUCAUGAAGUAGCCACCUAG